AUGACCAAGUCGGUGUCGGAGGCAAAGCUUUUGAUUGAGAAUCUCGCUGCUAGUGAUGCCAAUGCGUGCCCUGACUACAAUAGAAGCGCGAGGACCACGAGCUCAUCAGAAUCAGCUCAAAUCUCGGAGCUAAAGAACAUGGUCUCGCAACUACUUAAAGGCCGGCAAGGAGUUCACGCCAUUGAAGAUGCCCUAGCCACAAAUGAAGACACUCUCAUGGAUUUCAUGAGAGAAGCCACUGAAGAGAAUCUAGAGGAAGUCAACUACAUUGGAGGAAACUAUGGGAAUAGAGGAUUCAAUCAACCAUUUCGAGCUCAUCCAAACCUAUCAUACCGGAGCAACAAUGUGGAGAAUCCAAGCGACCAAGUUUACCCUAAUCAAGGAGCGUAUCAAGGAGGCCAAUACCAAUCCAAGCCACGACAAGUCUAUCCAAGAGGGAUGUACCAAGUGAAGCAACCGUUCACUUUUUCUCAAGAAACAAAUCCAACCCAAACCGGAGAAAAAUUUGACGUGGCCUUGAAGAAAUACAUGGAGGAACAGAGGUCAUUUGGAGCUAAUUGGAACAUUGCCUAUCACUGGAGACUAGUUGAGGAAGGAAAGACUCUGUCUGCCCCAUGUACGGACCCGCACUCGGUCGAGCUACUUUCGUCUGGAGGUGGUUUCAUGUCAUUCGGACCAGCGGUUCAGAAGAUACGACGAUAUUGGUUGGACUCGACCCACCAGCUCGACCGGCCAGUUUCCAACUCGAUCGAGCUGCUUUUCCAGGAGUCAAAGUCAAACCCGAAAAAUGUUGCUUCCCUUUGA